AACAUCAUACGUCACAACAGUGGGACCCCUGCCGGUUUUCGUUAUUUGCUCAUUGUCACAUGGGAGACGUUUAAAAGUGGCAGAAACUCACCAGUGUUGUUUGCAACCGCCAUUUAAAGAAGAGGGGGAAGGCAGUCUUUUAAACAGGUGUAGUUUCCUAUAAUUCCGUUAAUUUUGCGACCUAGCAACUGUGCCAUCUUUAAUAGCCAAUAUGGCUUACUGUAGGUCAUUCGUUUGUGUGAGAGGGGUUCUUCUUGUGCGUCCUCGGUGGGAGAAAUGUCAGUAUUUUUCAUCUAAAGAAAGUGUAGCUGCUGUUCAGGGAACACUUCAUCCACAAAAGAGUGGCCAGAGGAAGAGACAGAAGCCCAAGUGGGCAGGUGAUCUGUCCUGGGAGAAGAGGCUGGCCUCCGUGGUCACCCCACUGUGGAGGCUCCCUUACGAUGAGCAACUUGAAUUCAAGCAAAAACAGCAGGAGAGGAUACUGGAGGGGUUUUGUGGUGGAGAGAACAUCACGUUCCCUGUCCUCCCUAUCCGGCCUUCCCCCGUCACGGACGGUUACCGCAACAAGUCAACAUUUUCUGUUAACAAAGGAGUGGACGGGAACCCGAAGACGGUUGGGUUUUACGUGGGCAGAGGCAAGCAUGGAAACAUUGUUUGUGUCAAUGGAGACCACCUGCCCAACAUGCCGGAGAAGCACAAACAGGUGGCUCGGUGCUACCAGGAAUUCAUCCGCCGCUCUUCCCUGGAGCCUUGCCUCCUCUUCCACAAGGGAGGGCACUGGCGAGAGGUCACUGUGAGGACCAACACGGCAGGCCACACCAUGGCUGUCGUCUAUUUCCACCCGCAGGAGCUCACCCGGGAGGAAUUGGCGGCCCACAAGGCAGACUUGACCGAGUUCUUCACGCAGGGCGCGGGGUCGGCUUGUGAGCUGGACUCGCUCUACUUCCAGGAGACCGCCAUGACCCGCUGCUCCCACGAAGACUCGCCCUACCAGCUCCUGUACGGUCAUACGCACAUCCAUGAGCAGAUUCUGGGCUUCAGCUUCCGCAUCUCUCCCGACGCCUUCUUCCAGGUGAACGCGGCCGCCGCUCAAGUGCUGUACAGCGCGGUACGGGACUUGUGCGUCCCCAAUUCCGAGGACAGAACAGGGACUCUCCUGGACGUGUGCUGCGGGACAGGCGCUAUGGGCAUUACGGCGUCCCCCAGAGUACAGCGACUGGUGGGCGUUGAGCUCGUAGAGCAGGCGGUGGAAGACGCGAGAUACAACGCGGCCCUCAAUAAGCUCGAUAAGUGCGAGUUCGUUGCUGGAAAGGCAGAGGACGUCCUCCCUGGCCUCGUGUCCCAAUUGGCCCCAGGGGACGGUCGUCUCACAGCUUUGGUGAACCCGUCCCGCGCCGGCCUCCAUUACAAAGUGAUCCGGGCCUUACGCAACCAGCCCGCCAUCCGCCGUGUGGUCUACGUGUCCUGCAAGCCUGACGGAGAGGCCUUGCGGAACUUCAGGGAGCUAUGUUGCGCUCCCGACACAAAGAGGAAACUCACAGGGGAUGCUUUUGCUCCUCGUCUGGCUGUGCCUGUGGACAUGUUCCCACAUACUGAACACUGUGAACUUGUGAUUGUCUUUGAGAGGUAAAAAAAUGGACGUCUCAUACUUUGGACUCAGAAUUA